AUGUUACCCUCCGCUCAUUAUGCCCUGACCUUGGGGCUCUGCGCAUUUGGUGCCGUGUCUGCUCAAAGCUACACCGAGCUCUAUCGCCCUCAGUAUCAUUUUACCCCCGUCAAAAACUGGAUGAAUGACCCGAAUGGCCUAAUCUAUCACAAUGAUGUCUACCACUUGUUUUAUCAAUACAACCCGGGCGGAGCGACCUGGGGAGCCAUGUCCUGGGGCCAUGCAACCAGCAAGGAUUUGAUUCACUGGGAACACCAGCCAGUGGCGCUCCUUGCUCGUGGCUACCCUGAUGCCAUUACGGAGAUGUUCUUUUCCGGAACAGCAGUUGCGGAUGUCGACAACACUAGUGGCUUCGGUGGCAAUGGCUCAACUCCCCUCGUGGCCAUGUAUACAUCUUUUUACCCCCAGGAACAGGAGUUGCCCAGCGGAAAGUCCGUGGCGGCAAACCAACAAGCGCAGUCCAUUGCGUACAGUGUUGAUGACGGCAUGACAUGGACUACUUACGAUGCUGGAAACCCUGUAAUCGCGGAACCUCCUGCUGAAUAUGCAGACCAGAUCUCCGAGUUCCGUGACCCUAGUGUGUUCUGGCAUCAAUCUACCGGCAAAUGGGUUGCGGUGGUCUCUCUGGCAAAGCUCCAUAAACUGGUUUUUUACACCUCUACCGACCUCAAAACAUGGAAGCAUGUUAGCGAAUUUGGCCCUGCAAAUGCUGUCGGUGGUGUAUGGGAAUGCCCCAGCAUCUUUCCGCUUCCACUGGAUGGAGACGCCGAGAAUUUGAAAUGGGUUGCUCAAAUUGGUCUCAAUCCAGGAGGCCCGCCUGGCGUUACUGGAUCAGGGAGUCAGUAUAUUGUGGGUGACUUCGACGGAACAAACUUCACCCCGGACCCUGAGAGCGUGCAGCAAACAAACUGGCUGGACUAUGGCCCGGAUUUCUAUGCAGCCCUUAGCUUCUCUGGGCUUCCUACCAACGAUCGUGUCGAUAUUGCCUGGAUGAACAACUGGCAGUAUGCCGCCGCCAUUCCUACUGAUCCCUGGCGGAGCAGCCUGACCGUGCCUCGGAAACUGUCGCUCGCCACCAUCAAUGGGACCGCGACUGUCGUGCAGCAGCCAAUCGUACAGGAGCAGAACAGCACUCCUAGGCGAUGGAGUUCCAUACCAGCCGGUGUCACCAAACUAAACGUGACGGGAAAAGCAAUCGACGCUACCUUGAGUUUUUCCAAGUCAACAGCAGCCGAAGUUGGCCUUAUUGUUCGGGCCUCGGCAGACUUGAGUGAACAGACCCGUAUUGGCUACGACUUCACCACCCAGCAGCUCUUUGUCAAUCGGACGCAGUCCGGAGAGACUGGUUUUGACGGCUCGUUCUCGAGUGUGUAUUACGCACCGCUGCACUCAAAUGAUGGCAAUAUCACGCUCCGUGCUCUUGUUGACUGGUCCUCUGUGGAGGUCUUUGGAGGUCUUGGGGAUGUUACUUUGACUGCUCAGAUUUUCCCUAGUGAUGAUUCUGUUGACACCUAUCUCUUCUCCACAGACGGUAGUACUAGUGGAGUUGAACUUAGGGUUCAGCAGGUUCAGUCUGUGUGGAACUAG